UUGUAAAAAAUACGUUGUUCUUUGACAUUGUCUUUUACAUUCAUUUCCGAUUAAUAUAUUAGAUUGUUUUCGAAUUAAAUCGGCCGUCGGGCAUUAUUGGCCGCUGCGGCGGACAACUUGGCGUUGCUACAUCCCGAGAAUGGAUCGACAUGUGGAAUUCGGACGUUAUUAAGAGCGAAGCCGGCCGGACAAGAAUGCAAGUAAUUAAAGCCGUGGGGGUGGCCCGGAGGAUGCGCUGUGGAUCUCUGGCCAAAUCCACCCCCGGCCCUCAGUCGCCCUCGUGGAACCGCUCGGAUCGGGGCAAAACCUCUCGAGGAAAAUUUGAGACUGGUUUACGUACAAAAUGUUCGUCGACAUACGUCAUUUUACCAGUUUUCUCCAUUCAUUUUAGUUACGUUUGGUGAUUCUAUUUUAAAAACAUAUUUUGUGAAAAAAAAAUCUGUGCGGCAUGCAUUUUUUUAACUUCGCAUUGCACCUUCUUCUGUUCACAAUUUUCAAAGGUGUGACCGGACUGAGGGAUGUGAAAGUGACGGUGCCAGAGGCUGUCCGCCUGGGUCAACAUGCAGUUCUUUCUUGUUCCUUCCAGUUAGACGGCGAAUCACUUUACACGGUCAAGUGGUACAAAGGGGGUCGCGAGUUCUUCAGGUACACCCCCAAGGAGAACCCUUCACUCAAGAUCUUCUCGAUGCCGGGCCUCGGCGAAGAAGACAUAGCCAAAGAGUAUUCGAACGCAACGCACGUCUGGCUGAAAAACGUGACGCAGAACAUGACCGGAAAUUACGAUUGUGAGGUGUCCGCGGAUGCACCAUCCUUCCACACGGCGGUCAUGAGUGCUCACAUGCAUGUAGUUGAUCCACCACACGGCAGGCCAAUUUUGAUCGGCCUGAAGGCCCGCUACAGGCUCGGCGACAUCAUAACAGCCAACUGCACUUCGCCUAAGUCAAGGCCUGCAGCUAACUUGACGUGGGUCCUCAAUGGAAAGUCGGUUGACCGUAAACAUGUUAAGCAAUACCGGAAGGCUGUCGAAGACGACUUGGAGAUGACUAUCCUCACGAUCAGGAUGCAGGCGAAAUCGUCCCAUUUUCCAGGAGGGACGAUGAAACUGAAAUGCACCGCUUCCUUCCAUUCUCUAUACUGGCAGACGACUGAAAAGGCGGCAGACUUGGACCGCCCCAGGAUUCAGAACGAGGUCGUCGAACACCCACCGUCGAGAAACAACAUGAUACCGCCAACCCACACCCUCAUUGACAAUGGUUACGAAAAAAGCGAGCCGCCCACAUCAGGUCUAAAUAGCAUUUGUUUAGAUUUGUGCCUAAUCACAAUUUCUGUGACAUACAGUGCCAAUCUAGCUUUCGCCGGCGUAAAUAAACAUCUCUGUUAGCCUGACUUUUAUUACAGAAAAAUAUUGCGACGUGCAAAAAAAUGUAAAUAAUCGAGCCCCUUGAGCAAUUUCUUUUUGAAUGGGGCAUUUGUCCAAACCUAACACACACCAUAUUAUACAAUCAAAAGUGAAAAACUGGGAAGAUUUAAUAAUAAAUUCCUAUUAUAACAUGUUUACUUUUUUAAAUUGAGAAUUUCAGCUGGCAACUGUCUUUUUUCGUUAAAAUUAAUUGUCAAAUAAUGGAUUUAACCAAUCCCAAUAUUAUGUUAUACACAUGAUUUUCAUGUCUUGUCAGUUGUAUUUUGUAUCGCAAUGAAAAGGCAAAGUUCAAAAUUUUAAUAAAAUGAAUAUAAGUAAGAAAUAAUUAAUACAUACAAUGUAAACAAAAUUCCUGCUCUUGCAAAAAAUGCAUGUUUCUUUACCCAGGAUUUAACAAUAAUCAAUAUUGAAUGUUAAAACAAAAUAAUUUUCAAAAAGAAUAUUUGCUAUAAAAUUUCAAUUUAUAAGGAAUGUUCUGUGAUUUAUUUGCUAGCAUGGCUGAUUAAAAAAAUACUCGAGACAUUGGCUAAGGUGACAGAAAUGUACUUAAUGUGUUAUUUGUCAAACAAUAGAUAUUCAAUGUAAGUUCUUAUAAGUUUUGGUGUAAUUAGUAAUAAAAUUUAUCAAAAAAAAUAUGUAAAAGAUAUUUUGUUAAAUCAACCAAAAUAAAAUGUGCUAUACCAUUAAAGUUUGUUCAAAUUUGCCUGUUUAUGUUUUCCUAAAUGAAAACGACCGUUUAUUCCUGCUGUACAUCCUCUAGAACUUACCACAAAAAUAAAUGUAUUUUUUCCACCACUGCAAGGAAAAACUUAAGGGUUCAACAAAACAUUAAAAAGCAAUUUAUAAAUUUACGAAGGUAAUUUUUUAUUGGAUAUACAAAUCUGUUUAUCAUUUUUUUAUUUGUCCUAGCAUAAAUAAUUGGGUACUGACACAACAUAAAGAGUACUAAAACAUUAAUAAUUAAUUACGAUUAGCUUGACAAAGUUGAGUUAAAUAAAUGCAUCAACUAUAAACAGUCCUCAACAAAAAAAAGUAGAUAAAUUAACAUGUUGAACUUAAUUCUCUCUUCUUA